AUGCAAAACGUUGCCGCCUUCGCGGCUUCCGCGGCGGAUGGAAGUCAACAAGGUGGCUUAACGGAAUCUCCGGCGACGUGGCCAAUUCCCUUAGAGAAAGGCUUUUUCAAGCAGUCAAGUCUCCAACACUUUGGCUUUAACGACGGGAGAAGUAUGUUGCUUGCGCUGCAGCAGCAGACAGCGUGUGGCGCCUCACUGUGCGCCUUUCCCUUGGAUGGCGCCGCCGCUGGGGGUGACUGGCGCACGACAGGGGGGUGCUCCCCGCUGGCCGCGUUGGCGUGCAGUGUGCACGACUCGAAGGGUGGAGCGGAGCAGACUUGGAGUUUACUCAAUCGAUCGAGUUCUUGGGGCCCUUCCGCUUGCGGCUGCGUCACGGCGACGUCGUGGGGGGUUCCGGCAAAUGCAAAAAAUAGUAUCUCCAGUUUUCUUCGCCUCGCGGCCUUCUUGAGCCUUCGCGCCGUGCUGGUGCCGCUUCCUGACUCCGGGGAGGACGGGGGCGAGACGACGGUUGCGUUUGGCGAGGCUGUUGCCGUUCUCGCAGAGCACUUGCGACAGGCUCGGGCGACAAACAUUUGGGUUUACUGCGAUGCCGCGUCCCAGGCUCAUCGUGUGGCGUUUUGCCGACUUCGCACCGCCCUUGUAUGGGGCUCCGCCGCCGCGCCUUCGUUAACCGAAGCCGUGGGAUCCGUGUCGCGCGAAGCGCUGCAACGAGUGAUGCCGUACUUGUACUUCUCUGAGACAUUCGGGGCACUCCCCUCCGAGUGGCUUGGGGAGCCCGUUGUGGCGUUUGACGUCCCACGCCUUGACCGCGUUGUGCGUACCCUGUUGUCUGGCACCUUCAAGGCUGAGCCUGAUUCAAAUUUGCCGAGCGACAUUUUGCCUCUUAUUCAUUCUUACUGGGCCACAGCACAACCUCCUUUUCUCUCUCUAAUGGCAUUUGUCGUGGAGCUGCUUCGAAGACGGGUGAUACCCAUGUUUUCUGUAAACGACUUUAUGCAGGCCUACACGCUCCUGGACCAGUUGUAUGAGAGGCAUGUCUUGGAUAACGGAAGGGAUAUCUUUGCUAACUUUGAGGACACCUUGCAGCUGCCACUGCAGCCGCUAGGCCACAUGUUGCCUAGCGGGGUCUAUGAAGUGUUUGAACUGGACACCGCCAAGUACAAGCAGUACCAUGCCGCAAUGCUUCACUACUUCCGUGACUGGUUAGAGCACUAUGAGGAGCGUAGCCAUGGGAGAAUGUGCAGUCAGCAUCUCAACGGCACCGCAGGCGAAGAAAUGGAGAAAGUAUACGUUGUCCUUUUAGGUGCUGGGAGGGGGCCUUUGAUUGGGGAGUGCUUAGCUGCGGCCUCCUCCGUUGGUGUUUGCGUUCACUUGUUUGCGAUUGAGAAAAACCCUGAGGCGGUGGAGUUUAUUCGCCUUCGAUUGCGUGCAGAUCCCCAAUGGUGCUACGGUAUAGACGCCUACGGUCAUGUGGUGGAAACUCUCUGCGCCGAUGGACGAGCGGUGGCAGCAACGAUGGCCGAGUCGCUGCCGACGCGGUGGGGUUGGUGCGACCUUGUUGUCUCCGAACUCCUUGGAAGCUUUGGUGACAAUGAGCUUAGCCCGGAGUGUCUGGAAGGGUUUUAUGAGGAUUUUCGCCGCUAUCAAGCCUCGGUGGCGGUUCCGCUCAAUCCACACAUGACUUCCAUACCCCAAGAGUACACCGCAUGGAUUGCCCCACUGUAUUCAGGCUGGCUGGAGGAGGCCCUCGCGGGGACGGCUGUCUCGGGUCUCACCGUGCUGCCGCCGUGGUGCCACGACCGUUGUGCGGCGAUAUUUCACUCCACUUUUGUCACGAAUGUGUGUCGUGGUGUCGCCUUGUCGCCGCCGCAGCCGUGCUGGACCUUUCAUCACUUUACGGGGGGAAAAGACUUCCAACAGGAGCGGGAGGCUUUCCUUACCUUUCACAUGAGUACGCCUGGUCGCUGCAGCGGCUUCAUUGGAUAUUUUACAGCUGUAUUGUUUUCUACCAAGUCGAAUUGUGGUGGAGACAAUGUGGCGGACGUUGCCGCUUCAACGACGCUUUCGACCAAACCUGAGGGACGAACCCCUGGGAUGUUUAGUUGGUUUCCCUGUUUCUUCGCCACCGCGCCACGAGACGUGAUGGAAGUGGACGCCAAUGACAGUUUGCAGUUGCGCCUGCGCCGUUGCUUGGAUGCUGCCGGGGGGCGGGUGUUCUACGCCUACGACGCCAGUCUGCGCUCAGGCGGUCCCGGUGGAGCAGUGAAGGCAACCACGACAGUUGCGAACGACGGUGGCUGGGCCGCCUCCAUCCUCUUGUCGUCCUGA